AUGGCAUUGCCAAGCCCUGCUAGCCCGGCUAAGCAGCCCGUGGUGCCCUCAGUGCCAGAGCCCCAGCCGGCACAAGGCCCCUCGAAAACCACACUCGUGCUCCCCCAGCUGCACGAAGCAGGAGCACCUCGGGGGAAGGUGCUUCCACCGCCGCCUCCUGGCCAGCCCAACGCCAAGGGCAAGGUGGCCUGGGUGCGGGCCCCAAUGCAGCCCCUGCCCCAAUUAGGGUAUAACACCAGGACGAUGCCGGUGCUCAAGCCCAAGACGAAGAACCUGCAGCAGUCGCGGCCUGCCUACCUCGCCACGAUGCCACAUGGGGCUCACGAUCUGUCCCCGCCCGUUGACCAGCCCUAUAAGCCAAAGACCACCCUGAUUGUCACGAAAGACUAUGUCCGCGAACUAGUCCUUCCUAGAGAGAGACCGCCCCAGCAGACGCUCAUCCUGAGCAGGGCAGAGUAUGAGCGCAUUAAGGCCCAGUGCGUCAUUGAGGAUCGGCAGGCCAAGGCAGCAGCCUACAAAGCUGAGAGGGACGCCACGAUGGCCGCUGUGGCCCAGCGCAAAAAGGCCAUGAAAGAGAGGAUUCUUCUAAAGCAGAAGGUACAGAAGAGCGACCUGGAGAAGGAGGCCGAGGAGCGAGGCAACUACCUGCUGCAGCGGGCCUACAGGAUGCGCCUGGAGCAGGAAGAUGAGAUCAAGGAUAUGGAGAAGAUGAUCGUGGAUGCCAGGUGCCACGCUGUCCUGGACGCCCAGAUGAUAGAGAAGCAGCAGAUGGAGAAGGAGCUGAAACAGGAGGAGCUGCGCCUAGAUCAGAACAUGGAAGUGAAGCGUCAGAAGGUCGUCCGGAUGCAGGAAGAGCUGGAGGAGAAGAGGAAGCAGGAGCUGAUCCGGGGGAGGUGCCAGAUUGAGAAGCAAAUUGAAGAGAAGGAAAAGGAGAGGGCCAUACAGGCUGAGCUGCAGGACCUGGAGGCCCAGCAGAUACGGGACUGCCUGCAGCAGCUGCACCUGGAAGAGCUACGG